UGUAUCAAUAUGAUCUAUUUUGCUAUUUUUGUUUUUAAACCAACAUACUAAAUAACUACUCUUAUUUGUGACAGUUUUAGAAAAUUAAUAUAUUUUAUCUUAAUAUGUCGGUCCACUGGAGUUCUGAAGUUAUGAAAUGGGAGUACAGAGAAUUGCAGGCAACCGCUAUGUCUGUUGAUUACUCGGGUAACAAUGUUUUGUUAGCAGGACGAAGGUGGCUAGCCAUUAAGCAAAUAAACUUAGAAGAUGAUACACUAGGCGAUAUCGUCAAAAAGUAUCCUCGUCAUAGUAAAUACGAUGUAGCUGGGGCGGAAUGGUGCCAGAACUAUCAAGGGAAAAACCUCUGUGCUAUAGCUAAUAACCAAAGAGUUGACGUGUAUGAAUGGCGUGCGGGCAAUGACCUCACGUGUAUAUGUUCAUUACGUGCUCACACGCGGGUCGUUAGCGAUACACAUUUUCAUAGACAAGACCACAAUCUCCUUGCGACAUGCUCUAUAGAUACAUUCACACAUUUAUGGGAUUUAAGAGAUGCAAGGAAACCCAUAGUAUCAUUAUGUGCUGUUGCUGGAGCCUCCCAAGUACAAUGGAAUAAAGUCGCUUCUCACAUAGUAGCUACUGCACAUGAUGGAGAUAUAAAGAUAUGGGAUUAUAGAAAACCAAGUUCUCCAAUACAUUACAUUUCAGCUCAUUUGUGUAAAAUCCAUGGUGUGGACUGGAGCCCUCAUCAUGAAUAUCAGUUAGUCACCUCUAGUCAUGAUGGAAGUAUAAAAUACUUUGACAUUAAUAAUGCUAGAAGACCUGAGAAUGUUAUAACAACAAAUUUUCCAGUAUGGAGAGCAAUUUACACACCAUUUGGAAGUGGUUUAUUGACAAUUGGUGUUGGUUGGGGGGGAUUACCUAGAGUUGAGCAAGCAGGAGUCAUUGGGAUCUGGGUAGGAGGUAGUUUAACCACCAGAUUAGUGGGACAUACAGACACAGUUCAAACUAUGGUAUGGAGACCAAACACUUCUCCAUCCAAUUACCAGCUGAUAACAUGGGGCAGGGAUCAAUCUUUGAGAAUAUGGACAAUGCAUCCAUCGCUGCUAAAAAUGUGCUCACAUUAUUUACCUGAUGAUGUGGAUGGUGAUGAAGAUAAUAACAGUGACUAUAGUUAUGCAUCAACAGUGGGCUCUGUAACUGAUGUCUCACAAAAUGAUAAGGAUAUACAAAUGAACAAAAUAACACACAAAAAUACAUCUAUUGAUGAAGAAUUUGAGUCAAUCAGAGAAAUGGCAAACAUUGAAGUAACAGACAUGAACAUAGAAACACGGACCUGUCAGAUUCAUUCAGAACGUAAUGGUUAUAUAGCAAAUUUACAAGUAACUUUCCCUAGGAAUGUCACCGAACUCACCAUUCCAAAGUUCUCCUGGCUUUCGGGAACUAAUGUCGAUAGUGCUACUACAAUAAAAAUAUUACAAGCCAUCAACAAAACAGCGUAUCGUAAAAAGAAAGAAGGACAUAGAUGUCUCUUGCACUGCUUGAAAACUUUAGCCACAUCAAUUGAUGAGAUUCCAGUAAAGUCCAACGACGAUACGGACUCGAUGAAAUCAAGUCAGAGAAGUCAAUCGGAGAGCGAAAACGCUGGAGAUUCGUGCAUUCCUUUCCCGCGGACGUGCGGCGCAAAGUGGUGCGGCGUCAGUACCUUGGUGGUGUUCAACCGGCCGGCCAACGCGCGCCGCCUCUCCCUCAAGCACGAGGCGGGCACCCCGCGCUCCAUGUCCUCGCUGUCGCUGACGCCGGGCCUCUUCGGCGGCGGCUACAGCUCCGUCUCCCCGCACGCCACCACCACGCCCUCGCCAACCAACGCCUCCGGCUUCCCCCAGCUGCACCACAGACACGCCUCCAAUUCUAUCACCACAUUCUAUUUUCAAGACAGAUGGAAAGCUCAAAGCCGCCGCGCGGGCAACAUGCGCAGCCGCGGCAGCAUAUCGGGCUGCUCGUCGCCGCGCGUCGUCCUCUACGCCGCCACCAACCUCUUUCCGCUAAACAGGACGCUGGCCGAGAAAUACGUCGUCAAUGCAGACGACCCCGUUGACAUGUGUGAGAGAAACGCAAAAGUGGCAACAGAGGAAGGCGAGGUGGAGCUGGCACACUCGUGGUGCCUGGCGGGGCUGGCGGCCCGGGCGCUCGCCGCGAGGCUUGUUGACCACCUCGCCUCCAGCGAGGAGAGCAUGGGCUGGGUCGGACACCCGCUCUGCUGCAACCUCGUGCAGACCUUAAUAUCACACUACGCUAAAUCUUCAGAUCUGCAAAUGGCCGCCAUGCUGGCGAGUGCGUUUGCAGUUUUUAGCUACACAAACAGUUCAAGCUCACAAUCUACCAUAAGUACAUCGAGUUGUGGGAAUAGAACGUCGCCAUACAGCACAGUAAAUCAAUACAGUGAGAUAAGCGCGGACGGGUGGACGUUGCCGAUCAUACUGCGCAGCAACUCUUGCUCCGAAGCAGAGAACUUCCACACGGACUCGCUGUGGAGGUCGGAGCGCGCGGCCUGCGUGCUGGACGACCACACCGCGCACCUUUACAACUGCUUCAAGCGAGUGUACGCCGACAUACUGCAUCGGUGGCAGCUCCUAUACAAGAGAACAGAGGUGAUGAAGUUAGUGCAAAGUCGCACGGAGCGGGCGACGUCGCCGGCGGGCCCGGAGGCGGUGUGGGAGUGCGCGUGGUGCGGGCGCGUGUGCCGCGGCGGCGCGUGCGCAGCGUGCCGGCGGCCCGCACUGCGCUGCGCAGUCUGCGCACUCGGCGUGCGCGGCCUCGCCGUCGCCUGCGCACUCUGCGGGCACGCCGGCCACGCGCAACAUCUACACACCUGGUUCUCUCAACACGACAACUGUCCAACCGGUUGCGGCUGUAAGUGUGUCAUAGAAGGCACGUCCGUGUGGAAAGGAGUUAAAUAUGCUUAAAUUAAGUUAUUAAUGUAAUUAUUAUCAAUACAUAUUCUC